AUGUUAUUUAAUCUUAUGGGAGAUGAAUCCGAUACUGCUACCACCCGGGUAAACGAUUCAAGCAAUACAUCAACUGCUACACCUGAGAAUUCUGUAAAUCGUACUCCUACUUCAACAAGUGGAGAGACUGUAGGUAGGGCACCUUAA